AUGUGGUCUCAGCUCGAACCUACUCCUCCCCACCUCACCUACCUCACCCUGUCCAUCUUCCUGGUCGCCUACUCGCUCUUCUCCGUGCUCAUCAGGGAUCGACUGCACCUAUCCGCGCCGCCCCUCGCCGUGCUCUUCGGCUUCCUCCUCGGGCCCGCCCUCCUCAAUGUCCUCGCACCCCACGGCGACUGGGGACUGGACGAUGCCUUCACCCAGGAGUUCACCCGCGUCAUCCUGGGCGUGCAGUGCUUCGCCGUGGGAAUAGACCUCCCGGCCCGCUGGUUCUCGCGCAGGGCCCACUGGGCCUCAGUCCUCUACUUCCUGGGCCCCGUCAUGACCUACUCGUGGGUCGCCGCAAGCCUGCUCGCCUACCUCAUCUUCCGCACAAGCCUUCCCACCGCAGCCGUCAUCGGCGCCUGCCUCUCGCCCACGGACCCCGUCCUCGCCGCCGCGGUGCUGGGGGGAUCGCGCUUCAGCGCCCGCGUGCCCCGCCGCAUGCGGAACCUCCUCUCGGCCGAGAGCGCGUGCAACGACGGCGCCAGCUUCCCCUUCCUCUACGCUGGCCUGUACGUCUUCGAGACGCGCUCCGCGCGCGAGGCCGCCGCCGACUGGCUGCUCAUCACGGUGUUGUACCAGUGCGCGCUCGGGCUCGCCAUCGGGUGCGCGCUCGGGUGGGCCGCCAACCACCUGCUGCGCUUCUCCGAGGGGAAGGGGUACGCCUCGCGCCCCAGCCUCGUCGCCUUCUACUUCCUGCUGGCGGUCCUGUGCGUCGGCGUCGGGAGCACCCUGGGGCUGGACGACUUCCUCGUCGCCUUCGGCGCGGGCAUCGGGUUCGCGCACGACGGAUGGUUCUCGAGCAAGACGGAGGAGGUCCAGGGCGAGGCGUCCUUCAAGGGCGUCGUCGACCUCGUGCUCGACUCGAGCAUGUUUGUCUACUUCGGCUCCCUGAUCCCCUGGAAGUCUUUCGUGCCACGAGCCGGCGAUGUUCUCGACGGUCAUGUUGGACCCGGCAGCCUGCUGCUGUUCUUGGCGCUCGUCCUGCUGUUGAGGAGGCUCCCCGUCGUGCUGGCGCUGCAGGUCGGCGGUCUCGUCCCGGAUAUCAAGACAUACAAAGAGGCACUCUUCGCGGGGCACUUUGGACCGAUGGGCGUCGGCGCAUUAUUCCUAGCCAUCGAGGCCAGAGCCCACCUCGAGACGGGAACCUCGCUCCCGCUUCCUAGGCCCCAGCCGCCACUCCAUGGCCCGCCCUACGACGACAAGACCGUCGCCAAGGAGCUCAUCUGGCCGGUGGUCUGCUUCGUUGUGCUCGGGAGCACAGUAGUCCACGGCCUGAGCGGCCUGGCCAUAAGCAUCGCCGCGUCGCUCAGCAGGAAGGUCGGCGAGAGGGCGCCACUGCUUGGGGGGGAAGUUGAUGGUUUGGCUGGUAUGGUGCAUGAUUCGGCGAGCGAGGGUGAUGGCGUGGACUAG